CCGCGGCGGCCGGGCCCGGCGCAGCUUCCGGGGGAGCCGCCAUGAAGCUGAAGCGGCAGAAGCACGCCAAGAAGAACAUGGGCUUCUACAAGCACAACUUCCACAUCCGAGAGCCCUUCCAGGUGCUGCUGGACGGCACCUUCUGCCAGGCCGCGCUCCGCAACAAGAUCCAGAUCCGGGAGCAGCUGCCCGGUUACCUGGGCGGCGCCACCCAGCUCUGCACCACCCGAUGUGUUCUAAAAGAACUGGAAUCACUGGGGAAAGCACUGUAUGGAGCAAAAUUAAUUGCCCAAAGAUUUGAGGUUCGAAAUUGUUCUCACCACAAGGAUCCUGUGAGUGGUUCGGUCUGUUUGCUUUCCAUGAUCGAAGAAGGCAACCCUCAUCACUUCUUUAUCGCUACACAGGACCAGGAUUUAGCAAACAAAGUGAAAAAGAAGGCUGGCGUUCCUCUCCUCUUUAUUAUUCAGAACACUAUGGUGCUAGACAAACCUUCUCCUAAAUCUUUGGCAUUUGUUCAAAAGUUGCAGAUGAAUGAGCUUGUUCCAGAGCACCAAAAACAAAGCAUCGUGCAGCUUAAAGAAAGAGAAGGACUAGCAAAGCAAGAAGGUGAAAAGAGAAGAAAACGUAAAAGGGCAGGUGGCCCCAAUCCUCUCAGCUGUCUGAAGAAGAAAAAAAAGAAAACACAGGAGGGUCAGGAGCCUUCUGCUGAAAAGAAGAAAAGAAGAAAAAGAAAGCGAAAUAGGGUUAAAGGAGAAGCCGUGCAGUCAGUGCAGAAGAGUGAAGAAGAAUAAACCCAUCUUUGUAAACAGUGCAGGACUUGAACACUGUUUGGACUUGCAAAAAGAAAGAUUAAUAUGCACUCAUGUGAAAUCGAGUUGUUAAUAUUAAAACUUAUUUUUAUAAGGUAGUACUGCUUAUUAUUGCAUCUCAACAUUUGCAGGUUAUUGUCCUAAUAAUUUAUUCUAUUGUGUAGUAAAUGAACAACAGACAUAUCAGCUCACAUGGAGUUUACAGAGUAAUUUAUGCUGUAAGGGACUUCUUGAGGGCAUCCGGGCACUUUGCAAUGCGAAGAGUUAACUUUUGUACUCAAACAAUACAGAUAAAUGAGAUACUUAUGCUCUUUUAGAUCAAUUCCACAUUCUGUAACAGAACAACCUCUCACCACAAGAGAUGGAAGCAGCAUGCAAAGGUGCUAUACUCGAGAUGAAAGCUUUAAUUAAAAACAGUCACACUCAUCGUGGUGUCAUUCCUACAUUGAUUGCUAAUAGUGAGUCCUGACGAGAAAUUUAAUAACUCCUCAAAAUCCCUUAAUGCAGCAUAUUUGUUUAAUGUAUAUCACCUUUCUCAAGCUGUCAUAUUCCCUUUUCCUUCACUUAUUUGGGUACGGUGCCAUGUUAAUGUGGUUUUGCCUCCCAUCCCCCCUUAAAUAUUGCUUGUAUUUCUUCCCCCUCCCCCAGCCCGCCCACAGAAAGCACUGCUGUAAGUAGAGCUUGGGGCAGGCAGCAGAGAUGGUUCAUCUUCAAAAUCUCAUUCUGAGUCAAAAGUAUAUUAAAACCCAGUAACUUUACUAAAAAUACCAUUUUUAAAAAUCGAGCAGAAAAGACGCACUAAUUAUUUACAAUAGUCCCUUUCAGUGCAUUGAAACAGAGCUCAAACAUACCUUUUUUUGAAGACUAUAGACAGACA